AUGCCUGCCCCCGCGCAAGCUCAGACAGCUAAGCUCCAGGCAGCUCAACCACCGGUGCCUCAGCCGCAGGCCGCGCCAACCCCAGCCCCAGCUCCGGCACCUGCGCCGCCGAAGCCUGCGGCCAAAGGCAAAGGCAAAGGCAAAGGAAAGGGUCCUGCGCCGCCACCACCGCCUGCAAAGAAGGCACCGGCUGCAAAAGCGCCUGCACCCACGAAACAGGCUGCAGCAGGAAAGUCGGCAAUGUUUGCAGACAUCCGUGCGGGCGCAAAGCUGCGCAAAGUCGCGCCUCCGAAGGAACGUUCCGGUGCAGCAGUUGGCCGCGUCAUGUAG